AUGCCCUCACCGCCGGUGGAAACUCCUGAUGGUCAACACAGGCACGAUGUAGGCACAACAAGCGCCACGUUUACUGAUGUACCGCUCGGGCUAGACGGCGCCAACUCCAGCAGAGAAGACUUGGAGAAACUUCCCAGCAAAGAUGACUACGUCGAGGACGCAGCGGUGCAGUCCUCCAAGAGCCCUGCGAGGCCGACAUUGGCACCGGGCAGAUCCCCGACGGCUCGACGACCCUCGUUCAUCGACGAGGAAGAUGAUCCGGUUGCCAUCGCUGGCGCUGGCACCAGUUCGGCCGACGAUUCAAGAAAAGAAGCCCCGGUGACAUGGAUGUCGUUACCUAAGAAGGGUCAAUUGGCCGUUCUGACCCUCGCUCGACUCGUCGAACCGUUGACAGAACGAUCUCUUGCGGCAUACCUGUUCUACCAGCUUCGAUAUUUCAAUCCUGAUCUUCCAGACAGCGUGAUUGCCAGUCAGGGAGGAAUGUUCACGGCGGCUUUUGCGGCGGCCCAGUUUCUCACUGCAGUCUGGUGGGGACGUGCUGCCGAUACGCCCUGGAUCGGUCGUAAAAGAGUCCUGCUGGUGGGCUUAUUCGGCACCUGCGUAAGUUGCCUUGGUGUUGGAUUCGCCAGGUCUUUUGCUCAGGCGUUGUUCUUCCGAGCCUGCGCUGGAUGUUUGAAUGGAAAUGUCGGGGUGAUGAGGACGAUGAUUAGCGAGAUCAUCAAAGAGAAGAAGUACCAGUCGAGAGCGUUUCUUCUCCUGCCCAUGUGUUUCAACAUUGGUGUGGUAAUCGGCCCCAUCCUGGGCGGAUUCCUCGCAGAUCCCAUCACCUCAUUUCCCGGAGUUUUUGGCCCAGGUUCCACGAUUGGGGGCAAGGAUGGUGUCGGAUGGAUGACAGCAUUCCCCUAUGCUCUUCCGAACGUUAUCAGUGCCACCUUCAUCCUUUCCGCGGCCAUCUUACUGAUUCUUGGUCUCGACGAAACCCAUGCUGCACUUCGGGAUAGACCCGAUUACGGCCGAAAAGUUGGCAAGUACCUGGAAAGAAUGCUCUUCCGCCGAGGCAAGCAAGAGGAGUACGAGUACUCGGAGCUUGGAAAUCAGCUUGAGCUCCAGGAUGUCGAUUCUCCGCGAGACCGAGAUCCCGAGUCCUCCACAACGCCACAAACGAGGAUUAGCAAACCACCUCUGUGGCAGAAGUCGACACUCAAGUUCCGCCAGAUUUUCACCCGGAACGUGGUGCUGACACUGCUCAAUCACCACCUGUUAGCCAUGCAUGUGUCCGCCUUCAACGCCCUCGUUUUCCUUUUCCUCCCCGCCCCACGGUCCUCCAACACCAACUCGCACUUACCUUUCCUCUUCACUGGAGGUCUCGGGCUAUCGUCUGAAAAAGUCGGUCUAGCAACUGCAAUCAUCGGCGUCAUCGGCUUCCCUUUGCAGAUCCUCCUCUACCCGACCGUGAAUAACAAACUCGGCACUUUACCCUCGUAUCGAUGGUUCCUUCCAUUUUCCGUCCUCGCAUACUUCCUCAUGCCGUACCUCGCCCUCCUGCCAAACAAGGCGUACAUCGUCUGGCCAUGCCUCACCGUCGUCCUCGCAUUGCAAGUCAUUAGCCGAACAUUCGCGUUGCCGGGAUCGACGAUUCUCAUCAACAAUUGCACACCUCACCCGUCUGUGUUGGGGACAAUCCAUGGGGUCGCGCAGAGUGUGUCUUCCGGAGCAAGGACACUAGGACCGACGCUUGGAGGAUGGGGACUCGGCCUCGGUCUUGGUGGGAACUUUGUAGGCGGUGUCUGGUGGAUCAUGGCAUGCAUCGCGGUAUGCAAUUGGGGAUUGUUGUGGGUUCUAUACGAGGGAGACGCAGGUGUCUCUGCGGCGGUAUAG